AUGGGGCUUUCUUCGCUCCUCACCACGGGUCUUCUGGCCCUGCGCCUGUUCGCUCUUGAGGCGGCCGCAAGCCCUGCACCUGCACCAUUCCCCGUCGCGGACCAGACUGCUAAUGUCAGUACUCAAGCCGCCUCGUCAUGGUGGUUCUCGAGCAUUGAGCGCACUGGCGCCGUUCCCUUCGGCACCAGUGGUAGCGACUACCCCGUCUUCCGUAACGUCAAAGACUACGGUGCCAAGGGUGAUGGUUCCUCUGAUGACACUGUUGCCAUCAACGCUGCCAUCACUGCUGGCAACAACCGAUGCGGUCUCGGCUGCGACUCUAGCACCACCACUCCCGCUCUCGUCUACUUCCCCCCUGGUACCUACAUUGUUUCCAAGCCCAUCAUUGCCUACUACUACACCCACUUGAUUGGCGAUCUUUCUGAUGUCCCCACCCUCAAGUCCAGUGCCAACUUCCAGGGCAUGGCUGUCAUCGACGCCAACCCUUACGCUGACACCGGUAACAACUGGUUCACCAACCAGAACAACUUCUUCCGACAGAUUCGCAACUUCAAGAUCGACGUCACCGCCCAGCCCAAGACCUCAGGUACUGGUAUCCACUGGCAGGUUGCCCAGGCCACCUCUCUCCAGAACAUCGAGUUCUUCAUGAUUGAGGACAGCAGCGAGGACAACGCCCAGCAGGGUAUCUUCAUGGAGAACGGAUCUGGUGGUUUCAUCACCGACCUCGUCUUCCACGGUGGAAAGUACGGUGCCUUCUUCGGCAGCCAGCAGUUCACUGCCCGCAACCUGAGUUUCUACAACUGCAACACCGCCAUUUACCAGAUCUGGAACUGGGUCUGGAACUACCACGGACUUACCAUCAAGAACUGCGGUGUUGGUCUCGACUUGACUAGUGGUGGCAACGCUCAGACCGUCGGCACAGUCAUUGUUCAGGAUGGUGUCUUCUCCGACACUCCUGUCGCUAUCAAGUCCCUCUACAACCCUGCCCAGGCCGGCACCAACGGAACCCUCAUCAUUGACAACACCGACUUCACCAGCAACGUCCCUGUCGCUGUCUCCAACGGCGGAACUGGCGCCACCAUCCUCCCCGGCAACCAGAAGGUUUCCUCCUUCGUCCAGGGACGCUCCUACACUGGUAGCUCCGGUCAAGCCGUCCAGGCCACUCAGACCGCUCCCACCAAGCCCGCCGUUCUCCUUGACGACGCCGGUCGUGUCUUCGUCCGCAGCAAGCCUCAGUACGCUGAUGUUGAUGCCUCCAAGUUCAUCUCCGUCAAGACCAAGGGUGCCAAGGGUGACGGUAAGACUGAUGAUACCGCCGCUAUCCAGGCUGCUUUCGACGGCGCCGCUGAGGGCGAGAUUGUCUACUUCCCCCACGGUGCUUACAUCAUCAGCGACACCGUCAAGGUCCCCAAGAACAUCAAGAUUGUUGGUGAGAUCUGGCCUCUGAUCAUGGCUGGAGGUGCCAACUCCAAGUUCCUCGACCAGGCCAACCCCAAGCCCAUGCUCCAGGUCGGCCAGCCCGGCGAUGUUGGCAAUGUUGAGAUUUCUGACCUCAUGAUUGAGACCCAGGGUCCUCAGCCCGGUGCCAUCCUUAUGGAGUGGAACCUCGAGGCCGCCAGCAAGGGCUCCGCCGGUCUCUGGGAUGUCCACUUCCGCAUCGGUGGUUCUGCUGGCACCAACCUGCAGUCCGACAAGUGCAGCAAGACUCCCCAGCAGACCACUCCUGCCAACCCUGAGUGUAUUGGUGCCUUUAUGCUCAUGCACAUCACCAAGACUGGUAGCGUCUACAUGGAGAAUAACUGGCUCUGGGUUUCCGACCACGAGCUUGACCGCAGCGACUUCAACCAGAUCAACAUCUACAACGGCCGCGGUAUACUGAUCGAGUCUACCAAGCCUGUCUGGCUGUGGGGAACCGCCUCUGAGCACAAUGUCCUCUACAACUACCACCUCCAGGGCGCCCAGAACGUCUACAUGAGUGUCAUCCAGACCGAGACUGCCUACAUGCAGGGCAACCCCGAUGCCAAGACCCCAUUCACUUCCAACUCCAAGUACUUCGACCCUGACUGGGCCCAGUGCACUGGUGAGCGAUGCGCCAAGACUUGGGGUCUCCGUAUCCACGAUUCCAGCGACAUCUUCUUCUACGGUGGUGGCCUGUACAGCUUCUUCGAGAACUACACCCAGGAGUGUCUGGACACUGAGGACUGCCAGCAGAACAUGAUCGAGGUCGAGAACUCCAAGGUCCACAUGUACGGUGUCAACACCAAGGCCAGCACCAACGUCAUCACCUCUGGCGGCAAGGGUCUCAUGACUCACCUGCCUGACAAUGAGAGCACGUUCUGCGCUGCCCUUGCCUACUUCUCGUCAGCCUAG